CCUGCGCCGAGCCGCGCCGCAACGCCACCUCGCCUUUCCUCUUCCCUUCUUCCUCCUCCCUUUCUCUCUCGCCCGCCACCAUUACCGCCGCCGCUACCCCCACGCAACCCUAACCCUACCCCGCCCCCACCCCCGCCGCCUCGCCGCUCGACCCCGCCCGCGCCCAUGGAGCCCGAGCAGCCGGCGGCCGACCCCGCCGCCGCCGAGCCGGAGGACGAGGAGGACGACGAGGAGGAGACGGAGGCGCCCGACGCGGAGCAGGAGGCCGCGGAGGACGCGCUGCUCGACCGCGCGCAGGCCCUGAUCUCCCGCGUCGUCGAGCAGGAGAGCAACCCCAACCCGCGCCUCAUCCACACCCUCGCCACCAUAUGCGAGGACCAGGAGGCCAGACACCUGCAGGAAUGCGCUAGUGAUCCGUCCUUCAAUAACACAAACACAAGGGGCUCCCAUAUUAUAGGCAAGCUGGCGAGUUUGAUCAGGGAGAAUGAUGAUUUCUACGACCUAGUGUUUUCUAAGUUCUUGUCAGAUACAUCGUACCCUUUGCCAGUACGCUGUGCUUCUGCUAGGCUGCUCCUAAGCAUCCAGGAUGCAUUUUCGCCUCAGUUUUCUCAUCCUUUUGAAGAUGCUACCCUAGAAAAUAUAAAAUCCUGGAUAAAGGAAGAUGGUGAAGCAUCGGAUGAAUGUGAUUGGAAGCAUCUAGGAAGUGGUAAAAAACCCACAGAUACUGAGAUGAUGAGAACAUAUGCUAUUGGGUUGCUCUCGAUGGCGUUGUAUGGUGGUGGGCGUUUGGUAGAAGAUGUCUUGAACAUGGGAGUAUCAGCCAAGCUCAUGCGUUUUCUGCGAAUACGAGUCUUUGGUGAUGCCACAUCUUCAGAGAAAGAUGCCAAUCUUCCACUGGAUACCAAGCAUCCUCGGGGUAGAGAUGAGAAUAGGGGCAAAGUACGAUUGCUUCAAGACAGUUCUAUACUGGACGGAACAAGGGCUGGAGAUGGAAUAUCGACUGACCCAACUUUGGAAAAACAGUUUGAUCGUGAUGUUGGGAUGAGGCAAGCACACGGAGAACAGGGGAUGGAUGACACUGGUUACCUGCUACGUGAUGAUGUUGAUUCUACAAUGGAUCCUUUUGAUGCAAAGUCAGUCGAUGGGGAAAAGUAUCCUGCAGGUGAAAGCCUGAGAGAUGAACUCUUGAAGAGAAAGUUCAGCCGUACAGGAUCUCGACUAAGAGGGAAAAUCAAAACAGGCGAAGGCUUGCCUGAAAGUGAACGGACACCUUUAUCGCCAACAGGAUUGAGAAUGGGAAGUCGGACUAGCAAAGAAAAGAAUGCGGCUAAGGUCGAGGACCCAAAGAAAGCAAUCGAUUUGAACAAUAGCUCUGCAGCCCCCGAGUCUGAUAUUCUUAGUAUUUCUAAAGAAGAGUAUGAGGACCGGUUCAGGGAUUGCAUUAUCGGCUUGAGGGAUAUAACUGACAUUGUUUUGAAGGCAGUGAGAGCUGCAGAAGCGGAAGCCAGAUCAGCGAAUGCUCCUGAGGAAGCUGUCAAAGCAGCAGGUGAUGCUGCUGCUGAGCUUGUGAAAUCUGCUGCUUUAGAGGCUUGGAAGAGUGAAAAUAGUGGCGAUGCCGUUGUAUUAGCUGCUGAGAAAGCUGCAGCUACUGUAGUCGAUGCUGCCAUGUCCACUAGCGUCUCAAGAAGCUCUGACCAGGUUAAUGAGGAGCAUGUUGUUGAAGAAGCUGUGAAAAUUAGUGAGGACCAGGAUCUGGAAGAUUUUGUUAUCAUUGACCAGGAGCAGCUCUUGCUACUUAGGGAAAAAUAUAGCAUUUUGUGCUUGCAGUAUCUGGGAGAGUACGUUGAAGCUUUGGGUCCUGUUCUUCAUGAAAAAGGUGUUGAUGUUUGCCUCGCAUUGCUGCAACGGGGAAUCAAAGACCAGGAGGGAUGUGGCCACGUUUCACUACUUCAUGAAAUUCUUAGAUUGAUUUGUGCCCUGGCCGCACACCGGAAAUUUGCUGCGCUAUUUGUUGACCGGGGUGGUAUUCAGAAGAUCCUCUCUGUCCCUAAGAUUACUCAGACAUACACUGCUCUGUCUGCAUGCUUGUUUACUUUCGGUUCUCUCCAGUCUACCAUGGAACGUGUUUGUGCGCUUUCACCUGACACACUCAACAAUGUGGUUGAACUAGCGCUGCAACUCUUAGAAUGCCCACAAGAUGCAGCUAGAAAAAAUGCAGCCAUAUUCUUUGCUGCUGCAUUUGUGUUCAAAGCUGUUCUGGAUUCAUUUGAUGCACAGGAUGGGAUGCAAAAACUUCUGAAUAUAUUACAAGUUGCUGCAUCUGUAAGGUCGGGUGGUAACUCUGGAGCAUUAGGAUCCUCCAACGUGAAUCAAGGGAAUGACCGAUCGCCUGCUGAAAUUCUGACUCAGUCAGAAAAGCAGGUCGCGUAUCAUUCAUGUGUUGCACUACGGCAAUAUUUUAGAGCUCAUCUCCUUCAGCUUGUUGAUUCCAUCCGGCCAAGCAAGAGUAUCCGUAGUAUUGCUCGGAAUACUUCCAGUGCAAGAGCUGGUUACAAACCUUUUGACAUCGGCAACGAGGCUAUGGAUGCUAUUUUUCGUCAGGUCCAGCGGGACAGAAAGUUAGGACCUGCUCUCGUAAGAGCUCGCUGGCCCGUGAUGGAUAAAUUUUUGGCCUCUAAUGGUCAUAUUAUCCUGCUAGAAUUAUGCCAGAGUCUACCUGCUGAUCGGUAUCUUCAUGACUUGGCUCAGUAUGCAUUUGGAGUUCUUCACAUCAUAACUCUUAUGCCACACAGCCGCAAAUUGAUGGUGCAUGCUACAUUAACUAACAACCGUAUUGGUAUGGCUGUUAUACUAGAUAUAGCAAACAGUGUUGUUGGCUAUGUUGAUCCUGAGGUGAUUUGUCCAGCAUUGAAUGUGCUUGUCAAUCUUGUAUGCCCCCCUCCAUCGAUCAGCAACAAGCCGUCCUCAGCUGUUAAUCAGCAACCUGCAGGAAGUUAUUCAGAGAGCAGAGACAGGAAUGCUGAAAAAAGCACUUCAGAAAGAAAUGUUGCAGCGAACCAAAGUGAAUCUCGGGAACGAUAUGGUGAUGGCACACCUGUUGUGUCAUCUGGAGUUGUUGGUGACAAGAGAAUAUCGCUAGGUGUAGGAGCUGGGGGUCCUGGUCUUGCUGCUCAAUUGGAACAAGCUUAUCGCCAAGCUCGAGAAGUAGUCAGAGCCAAUAAUGGUAUAAAGAUCCUUUUGCAGCUUCUUGGCACUCGGAUGGUUACACAUCCUUUGGCUAUUGAUCCUAUUCGAGCCCUUGCCUGUCGUGUACUGCUUGGCUUGGCUAGAGACGAUGCUAUUGCACAUAUACUGACGAAGCUCCAGGUAGGGAAGAAAUUAUCAGAACUGAUUCGUGAUACGAGUACCCAGUCAUCUGGAGGUGAUAAUGCAAGAUGGCUAAAUGAACUGACCCAAGUGGCAAUUGAGCUCAUUGCGGUCUUGACUAAUUCUGGUAAAGAAACAACCUUAGCAACUGAUGCUGCUGCUCCAGCGUUGAAGCGCAUUGAGCGAGCUGGCAUAGCAGCUGCUACUCCUGUCUCUUACCAUUCCAGGGAACUGAUGCAACUGAUACAUGAACAUCUCCUUGGAUCUGGUUUGGCUGCUACUGCUGCCAUGUUGCAGAAGGAGGCUGACCUUGCACCUUUGCCAUCAACUGCUGCAGUGCUACCUGUCCACCAGCCCGCUGCCCUGGAACCAUCAUCUGUUCAAGUUCAACAACAGUGGCCUUCUGGCCGUGUUCAGGGAUUUCUGUCCGACAAAACAAUGAUUGCUGCAGAUCAAGCUGGCCAACGAUCAGAUUCUGUUGUGCCUUCAUCUAAGAAGAAGGCACUGGUAUUCUCAUCCAGUUUCUCUAAACGAAAUCAACCCUUUGUUUCGUUUUCUGGUAAUAGAGCAAGCAAUAGCCUGAAAAGUCCUGUACCUGCCGGAAAUGUGGACGGUAUGACUUGCUCUGCCUCUGCUGGCAAUACUGGAGAUGUGGAGACAUCGCAUAAAACACCAAUGCCCUUGCCACUUAAGAGGAAGCUUGCGGAUAUGGAGUUUAGUUCUGCAUCAGCAGCAAAGCGCCCUGCAAUAAUGGAUCAAGCAUCCCAAUCUCCUGUGUUCCAAACUCCUGCUCCUACUCGCAGAGGCCUCUCUGUGGCAGUGGAUUCUCCUACUGCAGCAUUUCAUCCAGGAAGGACAAACUUCAACAACAUUUCCACUGAGAACUUUGAAGAUUCUCAAUGCACACCUGGAGUGGUAACAGGCACACCACAUCUUGGUUUAAAUGAUCAACAAACAGGAACUUCGGAGCGCAUGACGCUCGACUCAUUGGUUGUACAAUAUUUGAAACAUCAACACCGCCAAUGUCCUGCUCCAAUAACAACUUUGCCGCCAGUCUCUCUGCUGCACCCUCAUGUUUGCCCUGAGCCUAGCCGCAGCAUUAGUGCACCAGCAAAUGUAACUGCUCGCAUGGGAAGCCGUGAGAUAAACAGGGAGUUUAGCGGGAUCAAAGUGCCCCGCAGGGAUCGCCAAUUUAUAUACAGCAGGUUCAAGCCAUGCCGUGUUUGCCGUGAUGAGGCCUCGCUGUUGACUUGCAUGACUUUUAUUGGAGGUGCAUCAAGGGUGGCGGCUGGGAACCAUAGUGGUGAAUUAAGAAUAUUUGACAGCAACCUUGCAAAUCUCAUAGAGACGCACACUUGUCACCAGAAUCUUGUUACUAUGGUGGAUUCAACAUCUGUUGGUGGAACUGAGCUGAUUCUCUCAUCUAGCAUAGAUGAGGUUAAGCUCUUUGAUGCUUUCUCACUGCAUACGGGGCCUUUGCACACAUUUGAUAACUGCAAAGCUGCCAGGUUUAACCAUGCUGGGACUUUAUUUGCCGGCCUUUCUACGGAUGCAAAUCACCGGGCGGUUCUAUUGUAUGAUGUCCAGACGCAUAAUGUUGAUAUGCAGCUUCCUGAUAACUCCAGCCUCCCAGGUUCAGGCCGGGGUGUACAACCCAUUAUACAUUUCAGUCCUUCAGAUGAUAUGUUGCUGUGGAACGGGGUCCUGUGGGAUAGACGAAGUCCCACUCCUAUCCAUCAGUUUGACCAGUUCACAGACUAUUGUGGCGGUGGCUUUCAUCCAGCUGGAAACGAGGUGAUCCUAAAUUCAGAGGUGUGGGAUCUGAGAAAGUUUAAGCUUCUGAGGAGUGUCCCUUCCCUGGACCAGACAGUAAUUAAAUUCAAUGGAAGUGGUGAUGUUAUCUAUGCCAUCCUCAGGCGUAACCUUGAGGAUGUAACAUCAUCCAUCAACACGCGCAGGGUCAGACACCCCCUGUUCCCUGCAUUCCGCACGAUCGAUGCUGUCACCUACGCAGACAUUGCAACCGUCCAAAUAGACCGUGGCGUCCUCGACCUUGCUACUGAGCCCAAUGAUUCCCUUCUUGGAGUUGUUGCCAUGGACGAUCCUGACGAGAUGUUCUCCUCUGCUCGCAUAUUCGAAGUUGGCAGGAAACGACCAACUGAUGAUGACUCGGACCCGGAGGAUGGAGGGGACACGGAGGAUGAGGAUGAUGAUGACGACGACUCGGACGUGGAUGUCCUCCUCGGGACCGAUUUAGGGCUUGGGGACACGGAUUCUGAGGAUGAUCCAAGUAACAGCAGCGGUGAUGAUGGCGGUGACGAUGAGGACGAGGAGGAUAUGGACAGUGGGGAUGAAAACGAUGACGAUGAUGAGGAAGGCGACUUUGAUGUGGGAGGGGGGCUACUUGAGAUGAUGGGUGGCGGGGAUGGGGAUGAGAGUGGUGACAUGAUCGAGUCCUUCAGCAGCGGUGAGGAUGAAGGGUGGCUCAUGUGAGAGCAGAUGGUGAUUCUUUUCUUUCUAUGCAUGGUCGCAUCACGGUGGUGAGGGCGUUGCAUGGGGAUGCAUGAGGCUGAUGAGGCAAGGCAAGGCUAGGAGGAGCUGAACGAGAAACGACGUCUUUGGGUCACCGACAGGGUGCAAACAACAAAUGCAAAUCUGUAUGCUCAAAUUACAGUUGUAAAUUAUUGGCCUUGCUGGGAGAAAGUUUACGUUACGUGGGUUGGGAGUAGCUGUUGUUACCUGUGAGAGCGCAACGCAAGCCUGAGGCAUUAGGUGUUGUAUGUAAAAGCAAAGCUGGUAAUUUUUUGCUGUUUCUCAUCAGUUGAAAAUUUUGGAAAUAUCAUGUGUUGAUGCUGUGCUGUCUGAA